GAAAACAGGGAGGUGGGGGACCAAGGAAGAGAAGGCUAAAGCGUGUUACCAGGCGCGCUGUCAGACAUGGGCGGGUGCAAGGGGAACAGCUGCCUUGAGAUCAGCUCUGGAGUAUGAGUCUCUGAGAGGACUGCGUGAGCUCCGGACACUUCAGGAGUCGGCGGCGGCUGGAGGCAUAGGCGGUAUGGAUAAAUUCAUAGACAACAUGGAUGUCCGAAUUAAAUCAGAAAGUGGUUCGAUGCAGGUAUUCAAACAGGUCACUGGCCCUGUUCCGACCAGAGAUCCUUCUGUGAGAGCAGACAGAAGGAAUAUGACUUCUCCACCAUUCCUGGCUGCCAGCCCAAUGGAGAACCCAGCUCUGUUUAAUGAUAUCAAGAUCGAGCCCCCAGAAGAGCUCCUGGAGAGUGAUUUCAACAUGCCCCAGGUGGAACCUGUUGAUCUCUCAUUUCACAAACCGAAGGCUCCGCUCCAGCCUGCUAGCAUGCUGCAAGCUCCAAUCCGCCCUCCCAAGCCACCGACUGCACCUCAAGCCAUUAUGGUGCCUACUUCAGCUGACACAGUCACUUCAGCAGCCAUUCCUACUGUUCUCACUCCGGGCUCUAUCCUGGCCUCGUCUCAGGGGACCGGUGGCCAGCCGAUUUUACAUGUGAUCCACACCAUCCCCUCAGUCAGUUUGCCAAAUAAGAUGAGUGGACUAAAGACAAUCCCGCUGGUGGUCCAGUCUUUGCCUAUGGUCUAUACCAGUCUGCCUGCAGAUGGGAGCCCUGCAGCCAUUACUGUCCCACUCAUUGGAGGAGACGGCAAAAGUGCUGGAUCAGUCAAAGUUGACCCCGCCUCCAUGUGUCCACUGGAGUUUCCAAGUGAUAGUGAUGAGAGUGCAAUUGAAAGUGGCUCUUCAGCCUUACAGAGUCUCCAGGGAUUUCAUCAUGAACCAGCAACAAUGGUCCACAUGCAGGGAGAAGAGUCUCUUGAUUUAAAGAGAAGACGGAUUCAUCAGUGUGACUUUGCAGGAUGCAGCAAAGUGUACACCAAAAGCUCUCACCUGAAAGCUCACCGCAGAAUCCAUACAGGAGAGAAGCCUUACAAGUGCACCUGGGAUGGAUGUUCCUGGAAAUUUGCUCGCUCGGAUGAGCUUACUCGCCAUUUCCGUAAGCACACGGGCAUCAAGCCAUUCCGGUGCACAGACUGCAACCGCAGUUUUUCUCGAUCUGACCACUUGUCCCUCCACCGCCGGCGUCAUGACACCAUGUGAAUAUCACAGGCCACAGCAGACACGCUGCAAUGGCCUCCUGAGUGUGUGCUGAAGUUGUAACUACGUUUGCCUCUUUGACUACAACUUGCCCCCAUGAUUGGGGUUUGAACAGCCUACUGAGCCAGGUUAAUGAGACUGGAAAACAAGUUAGCUGGUCUCCCAUGCGGCUCUUCAUAUUCCACUUUCACCUCUCCACUGUCCAGACUUCAGUUUUUGCAACCUCUUCCUGGGUUGAAUUCAGUGCGGCGCCCAUGGCUGCCCUCCCUGAUCCCUCAUGCUACAUUAUAGACAU